CAAAUUCCCAUCUAGAAAAAUGAAAAAAGACCCUCCUCAAUACCCAGGACAUCGUUUUGUGCCAAAAAAAACCCACAAAACGUCAAGAAUUCAAAAGUGAUUGAAAAGACCCUCCAUUCCUCUCUUUUUCUCAGUCAUUUCAUCAAACACAUAGUUCAGCCUUCACACAUUUGCAAAUUGAGGUAAAUAGAAAAAGAAAGACUAGAGAGAAAAAUGAAGGUGGGAAUGUUGGGGCUACUACGUGUGGUGGUGUUGAUGCUGGUUUUACGUGUUUCCUCAUCGUCAUCAGCUUCAUAUUCUGGGAAACAGAAUGGAAGGAAGUCUAUGCUACCAGUAUCAGCACAAGCAACGACAUCUUCGUUGAUGCUCAACCGAGUUGGAAACUCCGUUGUGCUUCCUCUUCAUGGCAACGUGUAUCCUGAUGGGUUCUUUGACAUUACCCUCAACAUAGGCCAGCCUUCAAAGCCAUACUUUCUUGAUCCUGACACCGGUAGUGACCUCACAUGGCUCCAGUGUGACUUUAAAGGUCCCUGUCAGAGUUUCACCAAGGCACCUCAUCCACAUUACAAGCCUAGCAACAACCCGGUACUCUGUGGGGAUCCUCUUUGUAAAUCCUUACACCCUCCUGAAUACAAAUGUGAAACAACAAAGCAAUGUGACUAUGAGCUUUGGUUUCAAGAUGGCAGUUCAACCAGGGGUGUCCUUGUCAAGGAUGCUUUUUCCUUCAACUUUAGAGAUGGAACACAAUUGGAACAUUCUCUAGCCCUUGGCUGUGGAUAUAAUCAAACUCCUGGUCCCUUUCCAAAUCCCAAUGACGGUGUACUUGGCCUUGGCAAGGGAAAGUUGAGCAUUGUAUCGCAGCUUAGUAGGGAUGGUUUGGUGAGAAAUAUCAUUGGUCAUUGUAUAAGUGUCCGAGGGGGAGGAUAUCUCUUUUUUGGGGACGACCAUUAUGAUUCUUCACUUGUGCAGUGGAUAUCAAUGUCAAGUGAUCUUCCUGAAUAUUACUCACCUGGGUGGGUGGAACUCAAAUUUGGAGGGCAGCCUACUGGAAUUAAAAACUUACUCACAGUGUUUGACAGUGGGAGCUCCUACACCUACCUAUAUCCUCCGGCUUAUGAAGCUUUAAUUACUUUGGUGAAGGAAGAAUUAACUGGAAAGUCCUUAAAAGAAGCAUUGGAUGAUGAGACUCUCCCACUUUGUUGGAAAGGUGAAAGACCUUUCAAAAGCCUAGACGAUGUUAGGGAAUACUUCCAGCCCAUAGCAUUGAGCUUCGCCAAUGAUGAGAAAGAUACUCAGUUUGAACUGCCCCCUGAAGCUUAUUUAAUUAUCUCACACAAGGAAAAUGUUUGCUUGGGAAUUCUAAAUGGAACAGCAGGGAUGAAUUUGAACAUCAUUGGAGACAUAUCAAUGCAGGAUAAGGUGGUGAUCUACGACAAUGAAAAGCAGCGGAUUGGAUGGGCUCCUGAAAAAAACUGCGAUCAGCUUCCAAAAUCUGAAAGUACUAGCAUUUGAUGAUGAUGUCAACUUCUCAUCCAUGUCAAUCCAUCUUUGGUAUCAUCAAAGAGCACUUAAGCUAUGAUUUAGAGGAGAACAGACUGAAUAGUUGUUGAAUGUAUCCUCUUUGUAUAUUAUACACACGGAAAUAUGCCUGAGCAAAGUGUGCGUUGUACUAUUUGAUAUGUAUUUGGUAUAAACGGUAAAAGGUUAUACACAGUUACAUUUAAAAAUAUUGCUGAUUGCUUAAAAGGAAUUCACCUUGUAAUACUGCUCUGAGUCCUUUCCUGCAAAAUUUCUAU